GAAGCGGGCUAGUGCGCACGCGCACGCUACUUAAGUCCCGCCCAUGAGGCGGAAGCGGCCGCUGACGGAAUAAUGGCGGCAAGCGCGCCGUCUUUGGCCGAGGAGCGCGUGGGCCAGGUGGUGUUGCCGGGGGACGUGCUGCUCCUUCCCGCCCGGCCUGAGGGAGACGGCGAGCGGCUGUCCCUCGCUCCGAGCGGGCCUCAGAAGGGGCGGCUGGUGUGCGGGCCGGGGCUGCGGCGCGGCGGGGAAGGGCUGCUGGUCACCAAGGGCGGCAUCCUUCGGUUUCGGGGUCCCGCCGGACAAGCAGGGGGAGGGACCGGAAGUGGCUCCGGGGGAACCUAUUGGGUGGACUCCCAACAGAAGCGGUAUGUCCCAGUCAAAGGUGAUCAUGUGAUAGGCAUAGUGACUGCCAAAGCUGGGGACAUAUUUAAGCUGGAUGUGGGUGGAAGUGAGCAGGCUUCUCUGUCCUACUUAGCCUUUGAAGGCGCAACCAAGAGAAACAGGCCAAACGUACAGGUGGGAGACCUUAUCUAUGGCCAGUUCAUCGUUGCCAAUAAAGACAUGGAACCCGAGAUGGUCUGCAUAGACAGCAGUGGCAGAGCCAACGGAAUGGGAAUCAUCGGACAAGAUGGCUACCUGAUUAAGGUUUCCUUAGGCUUAAUAAGAAAACUUCUGGCUCCUGGCUGUGAAAUCAUCCAGGAUUUGGGACAACUUUACCCGUUUGAGCUGGUGCUGGGGAUGAACGGAAGAAUUUGGGUGAAGGCCAAAACAACCCAACAGACUCUCGUCGUGGCAAACAUCUUAGACGCCUGCGAGCACAUGACGGCAGAGCAGCGGAAGCAAGCCGUCGCCAGGCUAGCGGAGAGCUAAUGAGAAGAAGGGAGCGAAAAUAUGAUUUUUUAAAAAAGAAGUGUAUAUUUUAGAUGGGAAUGAUCUGAUUUAUUUUUUAUAUUUAAGAUAAUAAAUGUUAAUGUUCGCCUCGUUA